CACAUAUCCAAAGGGCAUCAGGAUCUGUUAUUAUCAACCUCGCAAGCUCCCCUCCUCAGUGUAUUCCUCAGUCAGCAUUCAGCAGCCAGCUCAGCCUAAACUAAAUUCUUGGAGAGCAAUUAGUUAUCCAAGUUUCCUGAAAUUGGUAGUUCCAAAUCUGAACCAUCUUCGACGCAUCAUGUCUUCGAGUAGUCGUCGCUAUCUUAAUGCUGACGAAGAGUCGGUGAUCAGUAUGAGUCGUCCCUCGACCUCCAUGUCGUCAGCAUCGUCAACAAUUUCCACAAGAUCCAACUUGAGCCAAGCGGCGCCUCGCGAGUUGACAUUGGAGGAGCAAGAAGCGCGCAGAGCGGCUGCUGCCGAGCAUGAGGAACGAGUUCGACGUUUCAUGAAGGGAGUGGCAUCCAUUCCCGUCGACGUAAAAGCUAACGGGAGACUGGUAGCAUGCAUGAUUUGCUCUUUGAUAAAGAGCCUGGAAGAGUUUGAGGAGAAGGGAUGCGACAAUUGCGAGCGAAUUCUGAAAGUGGCAGGUCAACGAGGGUCCCCGUAUUUGUAUACGAGCGAGAAUUAUGAAGGGAUGAUUGGGUUGAUCAACAAGGAUCAAAGCUGGGUUGCAAAAUAUCAACAUCUUGAUUCAUUGAAGAUCGGAGUCUAUGCGGUGUCGGUUAGAGGACAAUUGUCAUCCGACAUUCGACAGGAACUGGAAAUGGCUAACAAGUAUUACCACAAUCGUGACAAGAGUAUCGGAAAAGAUGAAUUAAAACAGCAUGACCUGGAAAUGGAAAUGGAAGCUGAUGUAACUUCCAAGCGGAGAGCUGUACGAAAAAUUCGUCGUCGGCAACGACGUGUAAAGAAAUCAUUGAAGAAGGCCGAAAAGAAUAAAGCGAAGGAGGUUGCUUCUUCGUCUGCAUCAGCCGUCGGAAGUGAUGACAAGGAGGACGACAACGUCGACGAAGAACCCCCGUCACUUACCAUAAUUCACGGCGAUCUUGAAGGCAAGGGUGCGGAUGCGCUCCAGGAUUACGAGUCUGGUGCUUCUGAAAGUGAUGACGAGGUUCUGAGUACUUGUUCAAAGACUUGGGUUAUUUCCGAAGAUCAGCUAUCUUCAAUUGGACAGAAAGAAAACAAUAACUCCUCGGAUGAGGAGGAUAUCCGCGAUAUUUAAUUUUCCAAAGAUAUGAAUUGUCUCAUUUUUUAACUUUUGUCAGUCUGUAUGGGUUUGUAUUUGUUUCUAAUAAAAUUUGCCAUAACUGAAAAAAAUAACGAAAAGUUUCUUUAGCUUCAUAAAUAAGCUAAAAAGUAAUUAAACCUAGUUUUAAAACAAGAAUAAUUUAAUAAAUUUAAUAAGUUUAUUGACAUCAGAAUCAA